UAUUGCUUGUAUUUGCAAGUAUGUAAGUGAAUAAAAUUAAAAAUUCAUAUUGAAUCAUUGGUUAAUCAUUUAUAUGUUUUAAUAUCUUUCAUACUGUUACUAGGCCUGUAUGAAGCAAUGAACUUUUUGAAUGAAGUAAAGAGCUGGCUAAAUAACCAAUAUAUUAGAGUUCCUGAAAACUGGACAGAGGCUUGUAUUGAAUGGGUGACUUAUGAGCAUCAGGCAAAUGGACGAAUCUUCUCAUCUGAGAGAGUUAAGAGCUGUGUAUAUGACCAAUGGUUAUUUGCUGAUUUAAGAGAACUUGCAACUCCUUGCUUACCAGAGGAAUCACUAACGAGCCAAAAGUACCUUCUUCACGGUUGCUUCUCUUUACAAAUGAACUGUGUGAGAGAUGUGAGCCAACCAGCCUACUCCCAGCUUCUGAAGUUACAGGGCAAAGAGAAUGAUAACACCAUGGUAUCUGCUGCCCCACAACCUGUUUUACCACAUUGGGAAUCAAAGCCGAAUCGAAUGCUGAUGUUAACCCUAACGGAUGGAGUUCAUUACAUACAAGGAAUGGAAUAUAAACCUAUAACCAGUCUCAAUGUUGACCUGCCCCCUGGAACAAAGUUAUUAAUCUCGGGCCCAGUAGAAUGUCGACUUGGAGUUUUGUUAUUAACACCAGGCAAUGUCAAAGUUUUGGGUGGUGAAGUGGAAUCCAUGCUGGAAGAAAACAGUAAAGAAAAUAUAAUUACUAGAGCAAUAAGAGAAAGAAGUGGUAGAGAAGAUCUGACAAACAAUCAAUCCAAUGAUCAACAGACAGAUCAUAAUAGAAAUCUUGCAACUUCCCUAGAACUAUCAUCUGAUACAAUAUUGCCAACAGAAAAUACCAAUGCUUUAACCAACCGUGGAGGGUCGUCGAGAAGUGCACAAAAUUAUGGCGUAGAUCCUCGCAGUAGAGCCUCGUCCUCCGUUGGUUGGGCGGCUUGGGCCAGUUCUGUAGUGUCUGUAACAGGAGAAGGUGUUACCGACAUGGGGAAUCGUUUUGAAAGGACUGAAAUAAAUUCUGGUACUUCCAGAAAUGGAGCUCAAAGGGGUAGUUUUUCAGACUCUCUGAACUGUGUCGAUGUUGUUGGCAGUAGGUCAGAACUACCUGCCGAAGAGCAGCCUGUCGAUGUACAGCCCAUUGUUGAUUCACAGGAGUUUAUAGAAAAUUAUGAAGAAGAAAUGGUGGAUGAUUUCGUGAUUGAUGAGGAACAACUGGAAAAGCUAGAGAGGUUUGAGCAGGAGGGAGGUUAUCGUGAAUCUGAACCUAUUUCCAAAGAUCCUUGCAUUGAAAACCAUCAGCCUGUGGAAAGAAUGAAGAGUGCAUGUAUUUUUAGAAAUUCUCCCCCAUUCACAUAUUUAGACACAUUGUUGUCAGAGCCACCAAGUGACAGGGAGCGAGUUGUCAUUAUCAAGGGAUUUAUUACAACACUAACUUCCAAGCUGGAGAGCAACAAGGAGUUUGGGUGGCAGCUACGAGCCAAGAUAAAUGACGGCUCCGGAUCAGUUGAAGUAGACCUGGAUAAUCACGUUCUUGAAGGACUACUUGGAUUGAAUGCACAUGAAGUCCUAACCAUGAAGUCUCGUGCAAAAUUAUGUACAGAGGUUAGAAACACAAUAAUGCAGUCUAUUCAGAGAUGUCAGCACCAGUUACUGAAUUUAAGCUGUUUGAUGGAGGUUCAGUUUUCUCCCGGUACCAAGCGACCACGAGUACUUAAAUGUUAUGAAGUUCGUAACCACCACCUUAAAGAACUAUUACAAAGAGUGUCAGCUUUUUCAGGAAACACUUGACAGUACAUGACUAUUUCAGAAGUGGAAAUUUUAAACUUAGUAAACUGUAACUAUUGUGAUUACUUACCAUCAUAAAAACUAGUGUGAUAUAUCAGUUAUGUGAUUCAAAACAUAAAAAAAAUAUAUCGUUAAUAGUAUAAUUGUAACUAUGAAACAUGUCAAUA